AAGGAUGAGUUCGGUGGAUGGUACAUGGCGUUAUCCACCAGCGCUAGAUUGGUGGUUUAUAUAUCAUUUUUGGGGACUAUAAUGUUCCUUAUAUUUUUGAUAUUGAAAUCUCUGAACGAUUGUGACACGGAAGAGGAUGACAUGGAGAGUUUACCAUUGGUAGCAGGACAAGAAGUAGUCACCAUCUCGCCGUUGGUCUACGAGCCGUGGGGUGUAACGGGAAACAGAGAUUUUGCAACGGCGUCAUUUAGCUCUGUGGAGGAUGUGGACUACUCAACAUUGUGUGUCAUAUGUUUCGAGGAACGGAAGAACUGUUUCUUCGUACCGUGCGGUCACUCUGCCACUUGUCGCGGCUGUGCUGAGAGGAUCAUGUCGGAAGAAAAUAAGGUGUGUCCGAUUUGCCGGAGGGUAAUACGCAAAUCUAAGAGACUACCGCUGAAUCUUUGAACGCUGUUGCUUUUUCUUAACCACCAUUCUUUUCUCAUGAUCCCCAUAAAAAUUUUCAAUCAUCAUGUGUGCU